ACAAUGAAGAAGUUUGUUGUAGAAUUUUUGAAGUUAAAGUAUUUUGUAAAAUGUUGUGGGCACAAAUCCCAAUGUAGUAGCUCCAAAAAUCAAAGGAAGAUUUUAUCAAAUGCAGCAAAAAUACCAGAAAUGGAUAGCAUACCAGUUCUUGUGAAGCACUCUGGUAGGUGGACGUAUGAAAAAAACUGUGAAGAUUACGUCACUGAUGCUAUACUUUUGAGCACAACAUCAUCAUUCAUUGAGCUGCAUGAUGUUUUGGCAUCACAUUUAAAUGUGGACUUAACCAACAAACGUAUUCUAAUGGAGUAUCAAAUCACUGGUAAUAUAGGGAAAAUACAAAUACACAAUGAUAUGGGUUUAAAGGUUUUUAUGUUGGAGAAAAAAGAUAUACAAGACAUGAAUUAUCUUCCUUUAUAUGUAAGCAUUUUGGAGAAAGUUGUAGGGAGAAACUUUGCAAGUUCAUCUGUGUGUCUUGCUGAAAGAAGCGCCUGCUGUAACAACGUUCAAGCAGUAUUAAGUGCAUACAAUGAAGGAUCUUUGGUAGUUUCUAAAGAAACUACAUCAUUAGAUGUAUUUGAGAUGGAUAUGGUUGAGAUGAUUAUCUCCGAUCCACAUCACAACUUCAACUGUAAUUCAAAUUUAUCUGUAAUUCAAAUUCUCAUUUAUAAUUAUAAUCAAUGAACACAUAUUAAAAUAUAUAUUAGUUAUGAUCAAGGUGUAUUUUUGAAAUGCUUAAUUUUAACACUGUAUAUGUAUUUUUAGGGUAAAUACAUUUGAUGUAUAAUGCAUAUGUAUUUUUAGGCAAAA